AAAUGGUGAAAACUAGAUCUGAAGAUCAAGAGAAAGAUAAAGAUCAUAGAAAACUUUCAACUGAUAGUAAGAAGGAGUUGCUCAUAGGAACCGCAAGUGAAGAGUGAAACCUAGGAAUAAUCAGACCAAGAAAACACUCAAGAAGAGAAAUAGUUACAAAGAGGAAAUUUAUCGGUAAAAACUCAGCAAGUUCAGAACACUUAAAAAAGCUCAAGAAGAAAGAAACUCAGUCUAAGGCUUCUAAAGAUGAUUCUGGGGGAAGCGAAUACAAUCCAGAAACAAGUUAUGAAAAUUCAAUGUCUCAUAAAGAGUCUAGGUUAGCUACUGCAAGAUCAAGCAGGUCAGAUUACGAACAUGGGGCCUCAUCCCUCCAAAGACAAACUAGAAAAAACAGGAAGAAAAGAGUUAAGAAACAAAAGAAGAAGCAGGAACAAGAACAAGAGCAGAAUGAACCAGGAGCUCAUCACAAAAGUAAGAAAAUAGACAAAGAUGCAUUUAAUAUAACCAUUUUGAAGGCAGAUCUCAUUGAUUGGGAUGAUAGUGAGCAGAACAAACAGAAGAUUGAGAAAUCUGAACAUAAGGUACUAGAGGAUUCCAAGUCCCAUGAGGAUACUGUUUCAUCUGAGAUUGUAAAGAAAAUUUCAGGGAAAGUAGAAAUACAAUCUGAGAUUGAGAGAAAGGAUGAGAAGAAACCUGAGAUUCAGCAAGAGAAGAAAAAGAAGAAACACAACGAGAAGUUCAAAUGAAGUUUGAAAUCCAAAAGAAGAAAGAGAUCCAAAAUCAGCCUAAAACUCAAAAACACAAUGUGAUACAAAAAAAAGCCAGAAAUACUAAAACUAUGAGAUGCCGAUCUCAAAGCCGACAAAAAAGCACUUUACGAUUACUGUACCAAAAAAAUCCCCCUCUCUACCCUCCCAAUAAAGCCCAACCCAAUCCCUAAAAGCCCCUUCCACUUUUCCAAAAGAUCCCCAAUCCCAAUCCCACCUCUCCCUAACCCCUUCCUCAAAAUCCCUAAAACCCACCUCCAAAACCCCUCCACUCACCCUCGCCCUUACAAAAGCCAAGGCUUCAGCACCCAACCCCCCACUCUCAAAGUCCCUAUCCCCACUGCUUCCAAUUCCCAGCCACCCCCUUCAAAUCCCCUCCCCCCUACUCCACCAGCCACUGCCCCCUCCUGCAGGCCCAAGGCCUCCACCAUGGUCAGUUCUCACCUGACAAGGUGGGAAACCACCUUGAUCAAGGAGGACUUGGCAGAUGUGGUGAAGGAAGUACUGGAGGAGGUGGAGAAUAAGUGGAAGACAAGGGAGGUAUUGAAGCAUUAUAUGAUAGAGAAGGAGUGAAGGAGGUAUAGUGGAGGGAGGGAUUUUAAGGAGUUGAUGAAGAAGGGGUUGGAGAGGAUUAAGCAGGGGAUGGAGGAGGAUGAGGAGAUGCCUCAGGUGGAAAGUGGGGUAGCAGGGUUGGAGAAGGAGAGGAGAGAAGGAGGGAGAGAGGAUCAGGAGAUGAGAGAGAUAGGAAAAAGUGUUACUCCGGUGAAAAGGAAGGAUUUUGGGAAGCUUGAAACUUCUACUGGUGAGAAUAAAAGAAAAUCGUAUCCUAAUCAAAGCAUAGAUAGGUUGAAUAAGGGAAAAAUUACUCCUAAUCCUAAAAAAUCAAAAGUGAGAGCACAUAGUUCAAGAAGCACAAGAGGAAAUAAAUCAUUAAAAAAAGGAGAAAAAAGCAAGAUUACAAGAAAAGUUACCAAAGUAAAAAAUGAACAAAAGUCAAAGCGCAAAAAGUCGAAGAGACCUCCUUUGGAUGAUAGGUCGACUCCCGAAGUUGAAAAAGAUUUCAAUUUCAAAGCAUUUACAGAUUUACUAAAUGCAUUGCCCGAGCCAUCAUCAAGGCAAAAAAUUAAGAAGAAGAGGUUAAAUCUUUGGAAUAUCGAGAAAAAGGAUCUAGAUUCACUCCUGCCUGAAAAAUAUCUUAACGAUCUGAUUAUUCUUUCCUAUUACGAUUUAAUAAGAAAAAUCAUGACUAAGGAUAACGUUCAUGUCUUCGAUUCAUUCUUCUUUGAGAAGGUAGUUGAGAAUAUUGAAAAAGACUCAGGAGGCCCCAUUAAUUAUAACAAUGUUAAGAACUGGGGUAGACGAGUAGAGCUAUUCAAAAAUGAUUUCUGGAUAUUUACAGUGAACAAAAACAGCCAUUGGUACAUGUACAUUGUCACCUAUCCCGCAGCCAUAUUCAAAAAGGAAAAAUCAGAGACAAAACGCACAUUGAUCCUCAAAUUCGAUUCCUUCAUAUACAAAAACAGCUGUGAAUCCAAAACCGGUGACAAAAAACACUUCAUCACCCAAUACAUCACUCAAGAACUGCUCAACAGAGGCCUAUCAGUAAUCCCCGACGUCGAUCCUUCAAUCACACCCGCUUCAAUCCCCUCUCUCACCGCCCAAAUCCCCAUAAUCUUCGUUAAAGCUCCUCAACAGUACAACUCCUACGACUGAGGAGUCUUCUGCCUUGAAUACACAGAACGAUUCCUGAAGAACCCCCUCGCCUUCAUGAAAGUGAUCCUUGAGAAGUAUGGAGUCGAGCUUGCCAAGAUGAAGAAGAGAGACCUCCACAGAAGAAAGAAUCAAAGGAAGAGGGAGGAAAUAAAUAGGGCGAUAAGAGAGUCUGAAGAAAUAAAAAAUGAACUUGACAGGAGGAAUUUGAAUAGAAGUGAUGAUGGUGAUAGCGAGAAUAAGGAGAGUGUCCAUAGUCAGCAAGUGAGGAUGUGGGAGAGUAAUGUGAUAGAGAAGGAGGAAAAGGAGGUGAAAGUGGAGGAGCAGGAAAAGGAAAAGGAGAUAAGUCAAGGAAAGAAAGAACAAGAAAUGACAGAACAAAAGAGGGAAAAGCAAGAGAAGGAAGAACAAGAGAAGAGAAGACAAUACAAGAGAAGACAAUACAAGAGAAGACAAUACAAGAGAAGAAAAUACAAGAGAAGAAGCUUACACCUGUCCAAAAGAAUUGGACUAAGGGAGAUUUACUUAAUAAAUAUGCCUAUACUAAAAAUGGAUUCUGAAAAUGUUAUUAAAGAAUUGAACGGUGAGGAUAUUCUAUAUAUGGAAGAUCUAAAAAUCCUAGAAAACAAGUUAAGAGGAAUACCAAAAUAUCAAAUGAUAGUUUCAUAUGAGGAUUGGUUUUCUCCUACCAAGGUUAUUGCAUUCAAAAGAUUCUCACUUAUCUGAUUGCAUGUAUAUCUCAACAAAGCUAUAAAAAGACUUGGAUCAAGCUUUGACACAAAACCUAACUCUCUUGAAGUUUGCAAAACUAUCCUAAAAAGAUUUAUAGAACUUGUAGAAAAGAAAGAAAAGGGAGGGUUAGAGAAAUAUGAGAUCCAUCCUAAUAAAACUCCAAAACAAUGAUUUGAGGAAGUAUUUCUUAAAAGAAUAAGAGACCAGAAAAAGAUACCCCAAAUGGAGCUUUCUGUCUGACCAAAGAUAAGCAAGAACAAAGAUGAUGUCUAUAAUCUGAGGUUGCACAUAAACGACAUAGAAAGCCAAAAUCUUAUCUCAGAGUUACGCUCUCAACUCCCCCCAUUCAGACCAAUGCCAAAUUACACAUCCUUUGAUCGCUGAGAUGAAGACGACAUUAUAAAAAUCUAGUUUAAUUCCU